AUGAGCAUAGAACCUGCAGCAGAAGUACAGAAAGAGCUACCUAAGUGUGGAAGGCUCGUGUUUCGUGGGGUUGAACUGGCAUAUUUGAACAUUGAUGGCGAAUACAUGUUACCUUUGGCGGAGUUACUUGCUUUAGUCCUGCCAACAACUCCGAGGGCUACAGUAUUUACAAGAAUGGAAAAGAUGAAAGUUCGCAGGCAUUUCUGCAAACCAGAUGAAAUCAAACUGCUCAAAACAGUCAAUGGCAUAAAUGGUUUGUCGGCAAACUGCACAUUGAUUUCAAAGACAGAAGUUGAUAAAUAUUGCUCGAUGUAUAUCGACGAUUUGAAUGAAAGGAGUGAAAGAAAGUGUUCGGACGAUUUUACGAACGAAUCGGAAAUCGCUGGUAAAGAACAUAGUGUUGAAAACUACGCAAGCAAAGGUAUUGAAUCGACUGAAUCAGCCUACCACGACAACACUAAAAUCCAGAACAAAUUAACAGUUCUUCAUAAACAAAAAAGAUCCUCGCCGCUGAAAGCUAAGUUAAAGUUGACCAAAAUCUGUAACAGCGUGAAACUGAAAUCGGCGCUUUCACCCGAUAGCCAGUGUACACGAACGUCAACGGAUAAUGCAGGGGCACCCAACGGGAAUAUAGUUCAAAACCACUUAAACAUAGCAUUUUUAAACGUAUUUUAGUAUUUAAACGGUAGAUAAAGGCAUAUUUUUAUUCCCUAAAAAUUUUUCAUCUGUUCGGAUUUCCUAGCUGAAAGUUUAGUGAUCCGAAAAUUAUAGGGAUCAAAACUUACCUUUUCGAAAAUUUCAUCCAGAAAAUAGGCUCCCGAAAAUUCUAGGUGACCUUUUUAAGGUAAAAUCCGUUAAAAAUAGGCAAUUAUACCAUUUUUUAGACGUUCGAAAAUCCUAGGAGAGGCAGGCAAGCAAGAAGUUUUACAACAUAUGUUUCGAAAAUUCUAGAUCUCAAAUCGUCUUCCGAACAGAUAUUUUUCCGAAAAUUGUCGUUGGGUGCCCCUGAUAAUGCCAGACUCGCGGCCAUUGACUCACAUCUUUGUUCCUCUCUUGCUGCCGUUUCGUCAGAACUGCUGUCGUCGUUUCAGGCGAAAAGUCCUUCACAUUCACCAACGGACAAAAAGAAGAAAUUGCGUCGGGUUAAGAAAAGGCCGUCAAGUGAUGCGCAAGGCAAGAACGAAUUUGGUGAAUUUGAAUCGCCGUUAAAAAUUCCCAAGAGGAGUGAGUUGAAUACGCGUGAACAAGACACUGACAAAAUAAACGAACAGUGUCUGUCCCGCUCUUCUCGUAUUUCGCUUACUUCGCAACCCUCACAGAGGCAAGAAUUCGAUUGUUUUAUUUCUGCUUGCUCGUCCAACGACAGCAGUUUUGCCUCGACGGUACUUUCAAAUGCAAGUUCGCCGACGAAGAGGGAUUUUAUAGCUGAAGACUUAAGCGAGCUACGUAAAAAGGAUAACGAAGCUACAAAAAAUCGCGAGCAUUCAUCGCCACGCACAAAGCUCCCGAAACUUAAAACGCCAACAAACAGUACAUAUAUGUUUAAGAAAAUUUUGAAAAUCAAACAAGAAAGGUCAGGAGACGAAGGUUAAUGACGCCUGUGCGUCAUAUAGUAACCAUUAUUCUGUCUUACUUUGUGUUAGGUUCGGAAGAAAGAGCAAGCAUCCUAACAAACGGCCGACGCACUUCUUUGUUUCUCCGAUGUUAAAAUAGAUACCAAGAUGAUAUAAUUAAUUUUAGUGAUAGUAAUGGGUCUUUGUAUAAUAGUUAUACAACCUUUAUAGUUGAUACACACCUCAUGGUCACUUGUGUGACCCACCGUGCCAUACGACAUUUUAUACCAAGGCCGAUACGGAUGUAAGUGUCUCUUAUUGAGACACUGGGAUAUCAAAACCCGAUUCGUAUCACGAGAAGGAAUUUAAGGGUAUGUUAUCAAGGAAAGAGUAUUUCUCCUCUUGCGAACAAGUUGAUUUGUUAUUUUGCGGCAUCAGCUGAUAGUUUUUGACAGUACGGUAUUUGUUUUAUAGGAUGGGUUGCUACAUGUCUGCCUUGCAAACAAGUGUUAGGGCAGCUAAUUUUAUUUACUGUUUUGUGCCUCAUAGUUUAAAUAAAUUUGUCCAGCUAGGAGGAAAAUUAAUGUGCCUUGUAACUUCGUGCACUAGACUAUGAGCAGAAGAGUCGCUCUGUAUUUCCGUGUUGUGUUUCUGGUGCUUUUAAAGCCGGAAUUCUUACAAACUUUGCUGUCAUUACAAGGCAAGAGUUUGUACCAUACAACAGUUACCAGCACCUAAAACAUGAGAACAUUGUUCACUCAGUUUUAUUUGGUUAUUUCCUAGGCUUGUAUUACUUCGUACAUCAAAUAAAAGUAACAGAGUUCAUCAGUAUACUAGACUUACUGAAAGUGCCAAUAUUACCAGCACUCAUUUACCACGACGAACAACUGAGAAACAAAUUAUGUACAUUUAUGUAGAAGCACACUUGUAGUAACUUUACUUUAAUUUAUGAACGUUGACUGCCUCCUUUGUAAUAUUAUUUACAUAGAUUAAACUGUGCAGACUGGGUUGCAACGAACAUUUGUGUCUAAUGUCUUUUGUACACGACCAAUAACGUUAAAAAGUUAUUGAAGCCUGUUUCUUUCUUUGAAGCCCUUCUUCGUUGGCGUUAGUUGAGAUCAGGUCUACUUCACUGCACUUCUCUUAAACUUUCAUUUACUAAACUACAUCCCAUCACCUUAUGUGUCUUUUAACUAACUAUCUGAUCCUUGUCUGUUUAAAUAGCCUCAAGUUAUUUUCAAAAACUACCGCUCUUUGACAGAACCGGAAGAAAAACAUAGCUUGUGACUUGAACGUUCUAAUGUUGAAUCUCCAGAUUAUACUCCGUAAGUGUGAAAGAACUUCGUGAAAUGGUAAACGACGUUCAGAAUGGCUAGAUAACCAGACGAUCGCUUUAAAGCCGUAUCCAAGGGGCAUCAAUUUGCCUGAAAACAUUCUCGUCGUGUGAAAAGCUUCCGCAACACGAUAUGCAAAUGCAAUCUGUUAUUGACUUUGCUAAAUCAUCGAGCUUUUGUAAAGAAAUGGUUUGUGACGUCGCUAUUUGAAAAGGAAUUCUUGACUUAGCUUAAACCGUCCUGAAAAUUCUCGCGAGAAAAGAGUUCAAAGAUUCUAUUUAUGGUAAUUUGUGAAAUACUGAAAGAGUUAGAGCCAUGACAAUCCUAACCUUUCAGAAACCUUACACAAAAUUCUCCUCAGCUUCGAUCAAUUUUGUAAGCGUGCGACACACGAACGUCGGAGGCCCGAUAUUUUGAUGCUCUCAAUUUUCAAGUUUAUACCAUGCUUUCUUUUUAGAAUGCCGAAGGAUUUAUGAAUUUAGUCGUCCUUACUUAAAGCAUUGAUAAUACCAGUCAUUAUCUGCUAACCUUUCGAGGUUGUUCAGACGGUCGAGAACGUCGAACUCUGUGCCGUCACGAGAUGUCAUGUCCAUAACAGUCCGUUUGGCUUAAAUACUCACACUGAUAGCUUGAACGUAUAUCUGUUACUACAUUUCCAGAAACAUGUUUCGACAAAUCGCCUUAUAAUUUCUGCUUUCUUUGCUGCCAAAACACAAAAUAUCAGUUACCGACUCUUUAACGAUGAUAGUGUGAUUCUUAGAGGAAUCUGAAGUCACGAGAAAAGUGAAAACCUCAAUACUAGAAAAACCUGACCCAAACCCAGUUUAGAACCUCACUGUAUACUGCACAAAGCAAUCUAACGGACGGCACGUUCAAUGCAAGGUGUUGUUUCGUGGAAAGACCAGUGAUCAAAGAUAGUUGAAAUGUUUUGUACAUUGCACAACGCUUCAAAAUUUGAGAGUUACUCCUUUGUUUUAAUAUAAAUUGUACAGCUCAGGUGUAUCAAAUAUAGCGAUCGAUCAAACCUUAAUAGCAAGUUUACCAGUCAUGUACAUUUAUCAGUGCAUUAUAACAAGGUUAAUAACAACAAAAUCAGGAAUUUUGGUGAACUGUUGGGAAAAAUUAGCAGAGAUUCAUGAAGUGGGUACAUAAUAAAUUUUAUCAAAAGAGCAACAACCUACUUUUCAAAGCAGCCUGUUUAAACUGGCAAGUAUCUGUUUAUCAACGUUUCUUAAAACAGAGGUUAUCCUAAACUAAUGUGAAACCCUGCAUUUCAAUUAAAAAUGUCUAAUGUAAUUGCCUUAUGGCGCACUUUACGGCAUGCGAUCAAGUGGCAAGUCCCGGGUGGCAAGUACUCAAAGGGGAUCACGAAUAUACUGUACUUUCAUUAGCCUCUAUGCUACAGUUAUAUCCUACAUACAUGGGAAAUACGUUUAAAAAAAGUCAUGCAAAACCUUAUCGCAUUUGACGGAAUAUUCUUCAGAUGACUCUAAUCCAACAUGUCACAAGCUCCUAGGCAAGCACUACCUUCAACCACGGCGGGGAACUUGAAGCGCAAUCUGCGGUGGCGAAGGUUCCUUCAUAAGCAAAUUCAGAGGCCAAAUUUGCAGCCCAUCUGGUCGAGACCUCCAAAUCUUGCAGUGAAUUUUCUCCUCGUAAAAUGACCCGAUUUUCAUAACCUCGACGGCGAAGUAGGAAAUCUAUGAUGUAUUUCAAUAACAAGGCAGUAGAUUUCACCAGCCAAUCAGGUGGCGUUACUCUCAUAUUGACCAAUCAGAGCGUGUUCCUGGGGCUAUUGAGCUUAGCGGCAAAGAGGCGUGCAUUUGAGAUGGGGUUAGCUGGCCAUAACGUGAGCUUGAAGCAUAGAGUGACUUUAGCCUUACAUAUACAGAGCAAAUCCGCGCAUUUUGGACAACGUUAAGGUGAAAAUAAGGAGAUAUGUACUGAGGCCUAAAUAUGGGCUGCAAUUCGUCGCGGUCUGGAAGUUUGCUUUGACCUCAAAGCGGCUGAUUUUCAAGCAAUCCGUCGCCCAGGUUUAGCACUAACGUCUUGCUACUGGAAGCUAGCGGAUAGUGUUCUCAAUAAAUUGAAACAUCAUUUGAAGUCAAGAUGAGCAUAGAACCUGCAGCAGAAGUACAGAAAGAGCUACCUAAGUGUGGAAGGCUCGUGUUUCGUGGGGUUGAACUGGCAUAUUUGAACAUUGAUGGCGAAUACAUGUUACCUUUGGCGGAGUUACUUGCUUUAGUCCUGCCAACAACUCCGAGGACUACACUAUUUACAAGAAUGGAAAAGAUGAAAGUUCGCAGGCAUUUCUGCCAACCUGAAGAAAUCAAACUGCUCAAAACAGUCAAUGGCAUACAUGGUUCGUCGGCAAACUGCACAUUGAUUUCAAAGACAGAAGUUGAUAAAUAUUGCUCGAUGUAUAUCGACGAUUUGAAUGAAAGGAGUGAAAGAAAGUGUUCGGACGAUUUUACGAACGAAUCGGAAAUCACUGGUAAAGAACAUAGUGUUGAAAACUACGGUGGCAAAGAUAUGGAAUCGGCCUACCACGACAACACUAAAAUCCAGAACAAAUUAACAGUUCUUCAUAAACAAAAAAGAUCCUCGCCGCUGAAAGCCAAGUUAAAGUUGACCAAAAUCUGUAACAGCGUGAAACUGAAAUCGGCGCUUUCACCCGAUAGCCAGUGUACACAAACGUCAACGGAUAAUGCCAGACUCGCGGCCAUUGACUCACAUCUUUGUUCUACAAACAGAGAAGGUUUUGCUGCCGUUUCGUCAGAACUGCUGUCGUCGUUUCAGGCGAAAAGUCCUUCAUUGCUCAAAUGCGAUAAACUUAAUACUAAGAAGCGUGACAGGAAUUCACAAACAGACAAAAAGAAGAAAUUGCGUCGGCUAAAGAAAAGGCCGUCCAGUGAUGUGCAAGGCAAGCAGGAAUUUGGUGAAUUUGAAUCGCCAUUAAAAAUUCCCAAGAGGAGUGAGUUGAAUACGCGUGAAGAAGACACUGACAAAAUAAACGAACAGUGUCCGUCCCGCUCUUCACGUUGUUCGCUUACUUCGCAACCCUCACAGAAGCAAGAUUUAGAUUGUUUUAUUUCUGAUUCCUCGUCCAACGACAGCGGCUUUGCAUCGACGGUACUUUCAAAUGCAAGUUCGCCGACGAAGAGGGAUUUUAUAGCUGAAGACUUAAGCGAGCUACGUAAAAAGGAUAAAGAAGCUACAAAGAAUCGCGAGCAUUCAUCGCCGCGCACAAAGCUCCCGAAACUUAAAACGCCAACGAAAAAUGAAAUCAAAAGAGAUGACGGCAAUAGUUUAACUCUAUCGCCUCCAGCCCUGUUACUAAAACGGUACGAGAAUUCGUGGCAAGUGGAACAAAAAAGCCCCGUUAAAGAGGCAACGGACUGCUCGCAUAAAAGCAUUUUGAAAACUGAAGACAAGGGCGGAUCAACUGCUCUUGUUGAGGAAGCUUGCGGUCAAACGAAACAAGUGCGAAAAAGGAGAAAAAGAAGGAAACCGCUAAUUUCUCAAGAGGUUUCACUGAACGUCAAUGAUUCACUCAACAGAGUAAAGCCAGACAGUGUACACAGGAAGAAGAUACCAAAGAGAGAGCAGAAAGCUAAGCUUAUCAUUCCAGGCGGAGAGCGAACUUGUUCUAAUGGGGAAGUUAUCGGCGCCGCAAAAAAGUGUAACUUUUUGACCGCAAAAGUGAAGAAAUCAGGGAAACAAGCGCAAGAAAGGUUAGCUUCAGAUGACCAAUUAAAUACAGACAAACAGAGUAAAGAUGACCUGUUGAAGAAAAACGCUGUUCUUGAUAGAAUUGUCGGAGACGCGUUGGCCAAAUUUUUCGGCCCCAAACCAAGCUCUGUUUCUCCUGAAUCCUCGGAGAGCCAGGAACCAGCAAAACCCAAGCCCAUAAAAACAAAGGUUGCUGGACCUGCAAAACCGUUUCUACAGACCAACAGCAAAUUUAAGCUUUUAAAUUUAUUUCCUGCGACUUCGCAACUGGGCCUUGAGAAUGGCAGCUUAUGCCCUGUUUUUACAAUGUCUUGCCCAAGAGGCUUUCAACCACCGUCUUCACAUCCUGUAUGGAACUGGCGACUUGGCGGGCCAGUUUUUCGUGAGUCGACGCAUAAAUUUCUUAAACCAAAACCAGUCUCGAAUCCUAAACAGAAGUUUGUGUGCGACAAGGUGCGAAAAAUAAAACGAAGGCGCCGGAGGAAGAAAAAGGUAGCAGUGUCACUGUCGGCGUUAACGAACAACUUGACCGCAGUGAUCCCCGUUCCAAAUGUUCUGGCAAAUCACUCUAAUUCUGCCUCAAAAGCGACCGAGAAGAUCGCUUGUGGUAACAGUGACUUAAAACCAACCAUUUGCGUUGCAGCUUCGAACACGGUUUCUUCCGAGUCUGAAAUAGCAGUAAGUUAG